UAGAGUAGACUAUUAUUAAUUUUUGUUAACGCGAACGCUUGCGCGAGUAUUAUUCAUUACAAUAGGUUUUGAAAAUCCUUCCAAUUCCUAAGAAACAUUCAAUUAAUUGCUUCCAAAUACCUACCUAUCAGCUGUUAACAUUAUUCUGGUGAAUUAUUUUGAACACGGCGACUUUAUUACUCAUUGUCUUUUAAUCACAAUUUUGGUGAUCCACCGCGUACCGUGGACUUCAUUGAUACACUUGUGCUUUAAUUCUUAAAACAGUCAAUAGAUCGAUCAUUACAGACAACAAACCUACAAAAAAGAAAAAUGAUUAAUUAUGAACUUAGUGAAGAAGAUGAAGAUAAUAUAGAUGAUAUGUAUGAUUCUAAUAAAGACAACGAAUACCAUUUACCUGGGAUUUCAAAUGAUUAUUCAAGUCCAAAGAGGAGUUCAAUAACUAUUAAAAAUAAUAACUCAAGCCCAAAUAUUUUUAACUUCCCUAUUGGGAAAUUUUUGAUUGAGGAUAACCUUGAUUCUCCCAUAAAUGUUAUUGGUCAUUCGAUGAUUAAUUCAUCUCCAACGAUAAUUAUGUCACAGCCAAGCCAUCAUACCUCAGUGUCAACAUCAAAAACUAAAAGUGUGAAAAAAAAAAUUAUUUUUUCACAGCCAUCAAAUUUAACAGGAUGGUACACAUGCUCAAACUGAAAAAAAAUAAUAAUAAUUCU